GUCCAACUAUUAUCGGAAAUAUCCAGGGUAUUAUAAAAAUAAUAAUAUUGUUUAUAUAAUGAAUAAUAUAAAAUAAAUGUAAUUAGUAAUUGUUGAUUUAACGACAAAACAAGUCAAGAAAUGGUGUGUAAUGUGUCUUUAUAUUUUUGUGUUUAAAAAUUGUACAGAAUGUUGAUAAUUUUGCUGCUGGCAGCAGCAGCACCCUCCUCGGCAUUUUGGGAGUCACUUCUUUCUGAAGGAUUAAAUUGUACAAGUAACGAAUUUCAAUGUUCUAAUUCCAAAUGUAUUAAUUUAAAUUUGAGAUGUGAUGACAAAAAAAACUGUGAUGACGGUUCAGAUGAAAUAGAUUGUGAUUUUUAUCGUUGCGAGAAACCCAAGUACUUCCAGUGCAGAAAUAAAAGAUGUAUAAGUCAUUCAUUUGUCUGUGAUGAAGAAAACGAUUGUGAUGAUUUUUCCGAUGAAGUUAAUUGUAAAAAUUUCGAGCUAAUUGUGAAUUCAACUUGCGAAGAAGGACAUUGGAGGUGUACCGAUAAAUUGUGUAUUCCAAACGAUUGGGUUUGUAAUGGAACACCAGACUGUUUGGAUGGAUCUGAUGAAACAAUUGGUUGCAGUACAAAUAUUGAAUGUGAUGGAUUUAAAUGUAAAAAUAAACAUUGCGUAUUAAAUGAAUGGGUAUGCGAUGGAAAUGAUGACUGCCAUGAUAAUAGUGAUGAAGAAGAUUGUGAGAAUCAUGUUCCAAUUGAUCAGUGCACACUGGAUAAGAGAAAAUUCCUCUGUGGUAAUAAUAAAACCUGUAUCGAUCUGUAUUUGGUAUGUGAUGGAGUUUUUGACUGCCCAGAUCACUCAGAUGAAGGAAAACAAUGUAACUCUUCAGCUAAAACUUGUAAAACAGAUCACAAAUGUUCGCAUGAUUGUUUUCCUUUACCCAUUGGUCCAAAAUGUUUAUGUCCCGUUGGUUACCAUACUUUAGAUGAAAAGAAUUGCGAGGAUAUUAAUGAAUGUGAAAAAUAUGGUAUUUGUGAUCAAAUGUGUCGCAACAAGCCAGGAUCUUACGAAUGUUACUGCGACGAAAAAUACUACUUGCAAUCAGAGGAUAAAAAAACAUGCAAAGCUCAUGGUGGAAAUGGAAUUAUGGUUUUCAGUUCAAAAGAUCAAAUAAGAGCGAUGACUCUUGAUUCUAGUCACUAUUUUAUAGUCGCUAAAAAUUUACAAAAAGUAGUGGGAGUAGCGUACGACGGACAUCAUGUAUAUUGGACGGAAAUAUUUCAGGGAUACGAAAGUAUUGCAAGGGCGAUUGAAGACGGAUCAGAAAAAGAGAUUAUAAUAACAGCGGGUUUAGAUUUACCAGAGGACUUGGCAAUUGAUUGGUUGACUGGAAACAUUUAUUUUACUGAUGCGGAGAAGAAACAUAUUGGAGUAUGCUCGUCCGAUGGAUCGCAUUGUACUGUUUUAUUGAAUAGAGACAUUCGAAAACCAAGAGGGAUUGUUCUUAAUGUUGAAGCAGGUGAUAUGUACUGGACUGAUUGGGGAGAACCAGCUCAAAUUGGAUACUCGUUGAUGGAUGGAACUCGUGACAAACCAUUUGUUACCAAAGACGUACAUUGGCCUAAUGGCUUAGCUUUAGAUGUUCCAAACAACAGACUUUAUUGGACAGAUGCUAAAAAGAUGACAUUGGAAAGUGUACACUUGGAUGGAACUGAUCGUAGGAUUAUAUUAGAGGGUGUAGUAGAACAUCCUUAUGCAAUCGCCGUCUUCGAAAAUAAAUUAUAUUGGUCUGAUUGGGCAACUCACACUAUCCAAUCUUGCGAUAAAUUCGAUGGAAAAAAUCACCGCACGAUAGUUGAAGAUAAGGAACGGAUAUAUGGAAUUAGCAUAUUCCAUUCUGCCACUCAAAAAAGGAAAAUAAACCCAUGCGAACGUUCAUUGUGUAGUGAUAUCUGUGUAUUGAAUGGACUAUCGUACCGUUGUGCCUGCCCUCAAAAUAAAAUUUUGGAAAGCGACGGACAUUAUUGUAGAGAAGUGGGUUCGACUCAAAUGUUAAUAGCUGGUCACCGUAGUGUUUUGGUUCAUAUAGAACAUCAAAUUCUUGGAAAACAUGAUGUAACUGUCCUACCAAGUAUAUCUGGAGAAAUAGGAAGUUUAGCUUACGAUAGCUACAAUAACUUACUGUUAAUCAGUGAUUUUGGAACUAAACAAAUCAGGACACUCAGCAUGGAUACAGGCGUCAGCAAAACUCUAGAUAUCGAUGGACUAGGCCUCAUUACCGCCAUGGAUUUUGAUUCCAACAGCAACAAUCUAUACAUAUGUGAUAGAUUUCGAAAAGUAGUAGAAGUAAUCGAUCUUAAUACAAUGGCCAGAAAGAUAUUAAUUCAUGAUACAUUUGGAGAAUAUCCUGAAAGUAUUGCCGUGGUUCCUGAAGAAGGUGUGAUGUUUGUAAGUUUCGCAAAAGACAUUAAUGGACCCAGUCAUAUUGAUCGUUUCUUUAUGGAUGGUACCGGUAGGACACACGUAAUAGAAACCAACUUAGUAGGAUAUGUUUCGUUGACUUAUGAUCCAGAUCUGCAUAGAAUUUUCUUUGCUGACGCUAAUACUGGAGUUAUCGAAUCAACAAGUGCAGAAGGUGACGAUCGCCAUCAUUUUCGAACUGUCUAUGCCCAUCCUAUAAGUGUGGCUGCUUUAAAAGAUGAUUUGUUCUGGGUAAACUCACAUUCCAAAGAUCUGUUUUGGUCUGAAAAGAAAACAGGCUCAACUUAUGACAAGAAAAUUACAUUAGGAUUUGAAGAAAAACCAGAACAUAUUCAUUUAAUAUCAAUAACUCACAAGAAAAGAGAAGCAAAUGCCUGUCGUAUUAAUAAUAAUGGAUGCAGUCAUCUUUGCUUGCUGUCGCACAAGUCUGUUAUUUGUGCAUGUCCAGUUGGUUGGGAACUGUCAAAAAAUAACCGCACUUGCACACAGAGAGUAGGCUGUGAUAGAACAGAGUUCCUUUGCCCUCAUUCAAAUACUUGCAUCCUAAAAAGUCAAAGAUGUAAUGGACAUAAAGACUGCAGUUUUGGUGAAGAUGAAAAUGACUGUGAAAAAUCUUCAAAAUGUUCCAAUGAAGAAUUCCAGUGCACAGAUGGAGAAUGCAUUAAUACUGAUUUAGUUUGUAAUCAUAACUAUGAUUGUAGAGAUAAGUCCGAUGAACACGAUUGCGAAAAUAUUAAGAAAAAAUUAGGUUGCCCUCCAGAACAUUUCACCUGCAAAAAUGGUGAUUGCAUUCAACAAACUUUCUUCUGCGAUGGCGUAACCGACUGUGAUGAUGGUUCAGAUGAGUUGAAUUGUGUUAAUAAUAUUUGUCGAGAUGAUCAAUUCAGAUGUGAUUCCGGUGCUUGUAUUUCGAAAAAAUGGGAAUGUGAUCAUGAGUAUGAUUGUCCUGAUGGUUCUGAUGAACACUGCACAUUGGAUUCUUGUCCACCCAACUACAAUAGGUGUGAUAACAAAUUGUGCAUCGAUAAGAAAUUGUUCUGCGAUGGUAUGGAUGAUUGUGGUGAUAAUUCCGAUGAAAAAAUUGAUGUUUGUUAUCACGCGUCCGAACAUAACUGCUCUUUUAAUGAAAUGGCAUGUCAGUCAAACAAGUCAAUUUGCAUUCCUCUAGAUGCAAAAUGUGAUGGAAAAUCUGACUGUCCCAGACAUGAAGAUGAAAUGCAAUGCUCAAAAUGUGGUCCAGAAGAAUUCGAAUGUCACAGCAAACAUUAUAAGGAGUGUAUUUUAAAAUCAUGGUUAUGUGAUGGAAUGAACGACUGUGGAGAUGACAGCGAUGAAGAUAUUGAAAUGUGUUCCAACAAAAAUAAAACUAUGUUCGAGGCUCCGAUUUCACUUCCUUGUACAAAUGCAUUCAGCUGCAAAAACGGUGCUUGCAUAAACAUGUCCUUAGUCUGCGACGGUAAACAUGACUGCUAUGACGGAUCUGACGAAGACGGGCAAUGCGCUGGAGCCUGCGAAGGAUUAAAAAAUCCAUGUAAUCAAAUAUGCUUAAAAACGCCAACAGGACCAACAUGUGAAUGUAAAUCUGGAUACAAACUAAUGGGUAACGGGAAAACGUGUGUAGAUGAAAACGAAUGUGAAGCCGACCCACCAAUAUGUAGCCAAUUAUGUCACAAUCAUGAAGGUGGAUAUUCAUGUGAUUGCUAUCAUAGGUUCAUUUUAAGAAUGGACAAGAAAUCUUGCAAAGGAGAGGGAUCCCGCAUGUCCAUUUACUUUGGUGUCCAUGAAAAUCAAAUACGCGAACUUGUGCCUAAAACGAAUUCAAUAGGCGUAAUUCAUGAAGGUCCAUUUUUAAAAAUUACCGGCUUAGAUGCCCUAGCGGAUCCAAAAACUAUCUUCUUCAGCGUAGAGCAAAACGGAGCAAUAUACAAGGUGGACCCAGCAACCGAUACGAUUCACUACAUUAAGAAUGUUGGCCUUCCUCAGUUUAUCACAGUUGAUUGGGGUACACAGAACAUUUACUACUAUAAUGCCGAGUCUAAUAGUAAAUCAAUCAGUAUCUGCAGUUUUGAAGAAAAAUGCGCCAAAUUGAUCGAUAUAGAGCCUCAUCGGCAAGUUUCUGCAUUGGCUGUGGAUUCGGUUAACAGAGUUUUAUUUUAUGUUUUAAGAAGUUGGUGGGUGCUUGAAUCGCCUAGUUAUGCGAUUUAUAAAAGUAAUUUAGAUGGAAGUAAUACUACAGAACUUGUAAAAACAACAACUGGCAAUGUAGAAGAUAUCACUUUUGACUUAGACAAAAAACUACUUUACUUUCAAGACGACCAGACUCGUCAGAUCAGCGUUGUAAGUUAUAGAGGAGGGAUUGUAAAAUCUCUCUUCUAUAAUAUCUCCCAGAUCGAAGGACUCAAGUUUUUCGAAAACAACCUGUACUACUUACGUGAUGAUGGUUAUGUCGUAAAAUGCGAGUUAUUCGACAGUGCACAUUGUAAAAUCCGUUUCAAAUUGCAUAAUUUUGCUAGAUACCAUUUUGUUAUAACUCAAGAAUCUCUUCAACCCAAAGUUGAAAAUGUUUGUAAAGGACACACCUGUUCAUAUUUGUGUAUUACUGGAGACAGCAGUUACAAAUGUCUUUGUCAUAAUGGAAGCACUAGUAUGGAGAAUGGCGCCUGUGGAAUACCUCAAGAUGACAAGGGUGUGAAUAAGUUCAAAGUCACUUCCGUUGCAUUGAAUCCAAGUUCAUCUAUACAUUCACCUGGAGCUGUAGCGUCUGGAAUAUUAAUUCCUUUGGUUUUGCUUAUCAUUGUAGGUGUGUUUUACUACAUUAUUAAGAAGAAGAGCGAUGGAGGAUUGGCUAUUAGUAUGAGAUUCCAUAAUCCUCUUUAUGGAAAAACUGUAGAUGAUCAGAAACCCAUUUUACAACCCGGAAGACAUGAAUAUACAAAUCCUAUUCAUUCCAACGAUGAACCGGAUGAAGAUCCUGCGCAAGAAGCCAGUAAAAAAUUGAAUACUUGUGAUAGCGAUAUUUGUUAGCAUCCAAUGUCUGUUUAACAUUGUUAAUAUUUUUUAUUUGUGUUUUGUGUUUUAAGAGCUAAGUCUUAAUGUAAUUAUUAGUUAAAAUUUUUAUUAUGUAUUAUAGUAUUUAUGAACUGAAAAAUGCCGAAGAAAGAUUAUAUGUUUACCUCUAUUUAUACAGAUUUUAUAAUAAAAUUUUAUAUCAUUU